AUGACCCAACUAAAAAGUGUUCCAAGAUCCAGGUUUUCAGCUGUAAAACAACUUAUAGUUAAUGCGAUGGUGGUCUGCAAGUGCCGAAAGGCAACUAAAUUGUACUGCUUCGUGCACAAGGUUCCAGUUUGUGGAGAAUGCAUCUGUUUUCCAGAGCACCAAAUUUGUGUGGUUCGUACAUACUCAGAAUGGGUAAUUGAUGGAGAGUAUGACUGGCCCACAAAGUGCUGCCAUUGUCAAGCUGUGCUUGAAGAAGGUGGUGGCUCUCAAACUACACGUCUGGGAUGCCUGCAUAUCAUACACACUAGUUGCUUAGUUUCAAAUAUUAAAAGCUACCCUCCACACACUGCUCCAGCUGGAUAUGUUUGUCCUCAAUGUUCAACUUCAAUAUGGCCUCCUAAAAGCAUCAAAGAUUCAGGGUCACGUUUACAUUCACAAUUGAAGGAAGCGAUUAUUCAGACUGGAAUGGAGAAGAAUGUGUUUGGAAACAAUCCAGUUUCAUUCCCAAUUCCUGCUAUAUCCUCAGAGCCUUUGACAAAAGAUCCCUCCUCUGUGAAUGGUUCUUCUUCUUCUUCUUCUAAACCUUCAACCAUAGACAUUGUGGAGAUUGAUGUUCCCAAUUCAGCAAAUCACUCAAGAAGCCCAACUUCUGUUGUUCCUGGUGCUACAACAAGAAAAAGUGCACAACAAGUAGAAAGGCAAAACUCUGAGGUUUCUUAUUAUGCAGAUGAUGAAGAUGCUAAUCGGAAGAAGUACACUAGGAGAGGGACAUUUCGGCAUAAGUUUCUUCGGUCAUUGAUACCAUUUUGGUCAAGUGCAUUGCCAACUUUACCAGUGACUGCACCUCCUAGAAAAGAUGGAAAUACAGAAGAGACUCAGACUCAUAGAGCCCACCAUAGGCCUUCAAGGAUGGAUCCAAGAAAAAUACUUCUGGUUAUAGCAAUCAUGGCGUGUUUAGCGACAAUGGGAAUUCUGUAUUACAGAAUUGCACAACGAGGGUUUGGGGAAGAGGUGGUGGGCCAGGAGGAGGAACAGUGAGGAUGAUUUUAGAGGGUUUUGGUUGUCUGUGUUUCAUCUCAUGAUGGAUGAUAUUAUAAUUUGGAUGGUUAUGAAAAAUGAAAGGAUGGAUUGAUAUCACAUUGUUUGUUUUGUGAACACAUAUAUUAGAAGUAUAAUACUGUUUUGUCUCUUUCUUUUA